AUGUGUGGCAAACUCCCAGACGAGAAGUCCUUCGUGGACGUGCCCGUUUCCGACGAGUACCGUCCGGGCUAUGUCGUGCCUGAGGGACUUUCUCUCAAAAAGAAGUUAUCCGACGUGGUCAAUGCUACCGAAACUCGGUUGCAGGACCUGUCCUUCCUCUUCACGGUUCGACUGAAACCGGGAGCUGUCGGAGACCUCUUCACAAUUUUCAGCUCUCAGGGGCAUCAGUUGUUGUCGAUCGGUUUCGAUCGAUCCAUAACGAUUGCCUACCAAGAGGGCGGUUCACCCAUCCGAGCUGCGAGGCGAUCGACAACCGGCAGGGAUAUCCGCAUUGUGAAGCUCGGCCAGCCGAUCGAUGACGAUGAAUGGCAUCGAGUCGGAGUGGGCUUCAACGGCAACCGUGUGGUGCUGAUGGUGGAUUGCAAAAAGGCCGCCAGUGAGGACCUCGAAUUGCCUAUGAACACUGUUGAGGGAAGAGGCACAAUCAGCCUCCUUUCUCAAGGACUUGACGGCGUAAUCCAAGAUCUGAUGAUCAUUCAAGGUGAUCGCGUCAUGGAGCAACAGUGUACUGUCUACACACCGGACUGCCCCUCAAUGGACGAUCGUAUGAUGGGUGAUGAGGCGGCACCCGCGGAAUAUGUGCCGGGCCAAUUGCUCUCUGUUUUUAUGCUAUGCUAUCUACUUUUACUCUUUCAACUUUCCUCACUUAAUUACGGCCCUCUUAAUUUUUUCAAGGGUGAUCAGGGUUUGCAGGGAGAACAGGGAGAGCCUGGCGACAAGGGCGACCCCGGUGAAGAUGGACCUAAAGGUGUUGACGGAGCCCAAGGUCCCGACGGUCCACCCGGUUCUCUCUUCGUCAUUCCUCUGAACCUCGGAAUUGGCGGAAACACCUACUCUCGGGCGGCGCAUUUCCGUCAACUGCUCCAGAACCAUCUGGUGAGCCAGACUAAGACAGUUAGCUUCUCUGGAACGAAUAGUUUGUCGAUUACCGAUGCUUCUGCUUACUUGUUUCUUAAAUUAUUGUUUAUAAAACAUAAAUCUGCAAAGUCUGAACUAAACGCAGUAGAAGAAGUUUCACGAAACAGGCCUUCACAGAACGCUGUGCCCUAA